AUGGCGCGGCAAGGGGAGGACGAAGGGGUACUGGCGACGCUCGAGUGCUGGCAGUACCGUGGCGGCAGGGUGACAGCCACAGCGACCCAACCACUCCGCUCCAUCUCGCUUUCCCCUUCACUUUCUUCUCCACCACCAAAGAAGCAAACCCAGGAAAAAAAUCCCAUCGAAGACCACCACGUCCUGCCGCCGUACUCCACCGUCACGCCGUCGUUCUGGCCACCCCCAGAUGAUCUGAGACCACCGACGGAACCGCCUCAACCUCCUCCAUCUACCUGUGCAAGAAAACGAGCCAGGGGCGCUCCCAAUCGACGCCACGGUCGCGCUCUCCAACUCCGGCCGUGUGCAGUUUGUCGACGAUUCCGGCGCCGACGCUCCUCCUUCGACGCCAUCGACCUCUCCUCUACCUUUACGGUGCCCGUCUCCGGCGACAUUCCGGUGGUCCCUGCUCCAAGAACCGUCACCAUCAGGUUCAACGCGUCUAGGCGCAUUCCCUGCGACCACUCACUCCUCGUGGUUCACUCCCAGCCAUCGAAUCCAUCGGCGUCCAGCACCUCUGUACGUGUUGGCGACCAGUGCUCCAAUGUUCCAACUUUGUUCAGUUUCGUCAGGUUCUGUCCAGAAACGCUGCAAGUGAAUGGGCGUCUCUUUCUGUUCAACAUCUUCGUGGCAGCCUAUAUUGUUCGUCCUUACCAUUCGCGAGAACCCAGUAUCUGAAGAACAGAGCAGCUGGUCAGCUCCUUGUAUCUAAACGAUGAGGUGCUGGGUUCAAUUCUUGCCCAGCACAACCCCUUUUAUUUUUGCCCCUUCUGAUCUGCCAGAAAAACGAUGAGGUAUGAAGAUCGGUACGAUGAAGACGACGCUAGCAAGGUUACCCUUCCGGCUUGGCCUGGGCAGGGUUAUGGACGCCACUUGGUUAUCCUCAGGACUCUUAGUCCAAUUUGUAUCUUGUCCGCACUCGAACAUAUUUGAUCUUCUGUAUGAUUUGGAUCUUUGUAUUGUAUAUUUGUAUCUUGACUCGUUGGAGUCGUUGUUGUAAUAUAUGUAUCUUGUGGGCUCUAUUGUAAUCCUGUUGUAAUGUUA